AUGGCUAGGAAAUCUAAAAGAAAUUCCAAACAACAAGUACUCACAAACACAAAUGAAAAAAAAACUUCAGGACCAAUCUCUAAUCAGCUACUAACGAGUUUAUUGGAUAAAAGAGCUAAGGGGAAAAAUCAAUUCAAUAACGGUACUAAAGAGAUAAAAGAAGCUGACCUUUCUAAGUAUAAGACAGAGUUCCAAAAUAUUUUUAAAGCGUUCUCUUCAUCUCAAGAGGAAAAGGUUCUUUUAACUAAUGAAAAAUCUCUUACCAAGACUGAAAUAAUCUCUGAUGAAGUAGAUACUUUAACUGAUGAAGAUAGUAAAGAGGCAGAUAAAUCCAAUAAAGAUUAUUUAGAUGGCAGUGAAUAUGAAAAAGAAAUCUCAAGAAAUAAAUUGCGUAAAAUUUCAAAAGUUACAUUGGCAGAGUUAAAGAGCUCUGUUCCAUACCCACAAGUUAUCGAAUGGUACGAUUGCGAUGCUCAUUACCCAUUAUAUUUAGCUGAUAUAAAGUCUUCAAAAAAUAUAGUUCCAGUACCAUCUAAUUGGCAAGUUAAGAGGGAAUAUCUUUCUGGUAGAUCAUCUUUGGAGAAAAAGCCAUUUGACCUACCUGAUUUAAUUAAAGAGACAAAAAUAGAAGAGAUGAGAAAUAUACUUAAUGUUACAAAUGAAGAUGAAAAGUCACUUAAAGAGUUAUCAAGAGCAUCUGUUCAACCUAAAACAGGCUCGUUAGACAUUGAUUUAAAAAAUCUACACGAUAUUUUUUUUAAAAUUGGAGUUAAUUGGAAGCCUAAAUCCAUGUUAUCAUUCGGAGAUCUGUAUUAUGAGAAAAGGAAUUUAGAUUUCGAGGAAAAAUGGAAUAGUUUAGUGGAUGAAAAGAAACCUGGUAAAAUAAGUGAUGAUUUGAGAAAUGCAUUAGGGUUACAGGAAGGUCAAUUACCUCCAUGGUGUUUAAAAAUACAACAGAUAGGACUUCCGCCUUCAUAUCCAAAUUUUAAAAUUGCUGGAAUAAAUUGGGAUAUCAAAAAUAUUUCUGAUAAUAUAUAUGGCACUAAUGAUAUCUUAAGUUCUAGAAAAUCCAAAACAGGAAAUUCAAUAUUUGGGGAACUUAUGAAGGUAGAAUAUAAUAAUGAUAACGUAGCUGAUGAAGCCGGACCGGUGGACCCAACUCUUGCUAUAUACGAAGACAAUGACCUUGCACUAGAUGAGGCAAAAACUAAAGUUCAUGAUGAACAAAAUAUGGCAAAACCAUUAGAACAUAUAACUGGAUUAUCCAAUGUCACAGAUAAGAAUAAAAGUUUAUACAAGAUCAUUAAUGAAAGCAAUGCAAAAAAUCCCGACAACCGCAUAGCGCCAAGUACAAGCUAUCAUUUAACUGAAAACCUGAAUGUCAGUGAUCCUGAGAUUGAGAUCAAUAACAUAAAUAAAAUCAAAGACGAAAAUGAAGAAUAUUCUAAGAAAUUUAAGUUUUAA